AUCGUGUGCGCUUGUGCGGGUUCAUUCUGCUCCCGGGGCGAGUGUUAUUAUAAGGCCUAGAAUUGAAUGCACCUGCAUUGAGGGAAAAAUCAGUCUGUUAAAUUAGAUAUUGUGACAAAUGCUAUUUUGACUUGUUAUUAGCAAAUAACACAAUCCAGAUAAAAAUGGCUGAAUUACCGAUGGGGAAAGGGGUAUCCGCAGGAAAAAUAGCAAGCAAUGUACAGAAAAAAAUUACCAGGGCUCAGGAAAAGGUUCUCCAAAAGCUUGGCAAGGCAGACGAGACUAAAGAUCUGGCAUUUGAAGAGGGUGUGAUCAACUUCAACAAACAGCUGGUUGAGGGAUCCAAACUGCAGAAAGACCUGCGGGCCUAUUUGACUGCUGUGAAAACCAUGCAUGAGUCUUCUAAACAUCUGUACGAGUGCCUGGAUGACAUGUAUGAGACUGACUGGUAUGGCAGAAAGGAAGUGGACUCACUUUUGGAGGAUUCAGACCUCCUUUGGACAGAUUUCCAUCAGAAACUUGUGGACCAUGCACUUAUAUCCAUGGACACUUACCUGGGCCAGUUUCCUGACAUCAAAGCUCGUAUUGCAAAGCGUGACAGGAAGCUGGUGGACUUUGACAGCGCACGACACAACUUUGCUGCUGUAAACAAAGGCAAGAAAAAGGAGGGGAUCAAGAUCACCAAGCCAGCUUCCCUGCUGGAGAGGGCCGCCCCAGUCUGGGCUCAGGGGAUCCUGUCGGCCCAUAACGUGGCUCAAACGAGCCUCUCCAGGAGUCAGGCAGAGGAAGAGCUGGAGAGGGCACAGAAAGUGUUUGAGGAGAUUAAUAUAGAUUUGCAGGAGGAACUGCCAUCUCUGUGGAACAGUCGUGUUGGCUUUUAUGUGAAUACAUUCCAGAGCGUGGCUGGUCUGGAGGAGAAGUUUCACAGAGAAAUGGGAAAAAUUAAUCAAAAUCUGAAUGAUACGCUGGAGGAAUUAGAAAAUCAAGAUAUGUCCAGAAAAACAGGUAGCCAAGGGGUGAGGACAUCAACAGCCCAGAAGAGUGACAAAACACAAGAUGCCAAUCACACACUGAGUCCAGGAGGACCGGCAGCCAUACCCAAAUCACCGUCCAAGCUAAAGCCUAUGGUUCCUCCACCUCCUAAAGUUACUCCAUCAAAGGAUAUGAAGCAGGAGAACAUUAUCAAUCUGUUUGGUGAGGCAGCAGCCCCAAACAUAAGUGUCACUUCGCCAACACAGUAUGAUGCUCCAGCCACUGCUAAUCUUCUGGAUAUGGAUCUGGACUCACUUCAGGCUGCCACCACACCAGCCGCACAGCCUUGGGAGACUUGGGAGCAAACAGAGAAGGAAGCUGAGGUCCCUCAGACAUGGGACGAUGAUGGUACCCAGCCUGGGCACUCUGGCUGGGGCGAUGAUGGUACCCAGGCUACCUGGGAUGAUGAUGGUAGCCAACCUGAUGGCUCUCAGCCUGUGCAGGGGAAUGACAAUGAUUCUACCCAGCAGGCCCAGGGGUGGGACGAUGAUGGGGCUCAGGUCACAGAAAAGGUAGCUGUUACAGAAGAGGCAGUAGCUGAAACCAUAAAUGAAACUGCACAGGCGACCACAGAGAGCACAGAGAGUGUAGAGAUGCCAGAAUCCUUCCUGUUCAAAGUGAAAGCAAUGCACGACUACAAUGCCAAUGACUCUGAUGAGUUGGAGUUGAAGGCCGGAGAUGUGGUGCUGGUUGUAAGCUAUGAAAACCAGGAUGAGCAGGAUGAAGGGUGGUUAGUGGGAGUCAAAGAGUCCGACUGGAUUCAGCACAAAGAUCAAGGGAAAAAAGGAGUCUUUCCUGAAAACUUCACCCAGAGGAUGUGAGGGGCUGUGAUCCACUUGACCUGUUGUUAAUCCUUCUGUAUAACUCCUUAUUGUUUCCCCUCAAAAUGCAGACAAAAAAAACACUGUACUACACUAACAAAUGCACAGUCACAGGCAAUCUGCUGGUUAUGUUUGUGGAAGUUGUUGACAGGUUAGUCUUUGCGUUGUUGUCACCAUGUAUCAUAUUUGUCACGGUGCAAAUAUAAGAAGAUUGGAACAACCAUUGAUAAAAUAAGUUGUAUUCUGUUAACUAGUUUCGCCUUGUUUAAUAGAUGGAGUAAAAUACCCAAAGUAA